AUAAUGUAAAAUAAAAAUGUAUAAGCUUAAGCGAUAGACAAUCAUUUAGUAAUUAAAUUAUGAAUGUUAUAUAACUUGAUUCUGAUGUGUGAAGCAAUAUCACACACUCCUUUGUUGCAGAAUUACAAUAACUUGAAACUUGGCCCUUUGAUAUGAUGGAUAAUGGCUAAAUUAUUAUCUCUGGUGUCCCGAUUGCAAUUGGUCAUAACUUGGUAGCCCACUGCGAGAGGUGAUUGGUUUUCGCAAUUCUUGGUAGUGGGACGCCAUUUGAUUGGUCAAUUCUUGGUAGCGAUAAGCGAUUUGAUUGGCUUUCAUGUGACGGCCGGAGCUCGACGUGGCGGGUUCGACUGCCAAUAUUGCCGAUUAUAGAUGACAACUGACCCUGAUGUCUUGGUAGCUUCCCGGCCGCUGAUUGGCCGGAACCUCAAAUUCUUGUUAGAUUCGGGUUAGGAGACUGGAAGCUGAUUGCCUCUCGCUACCUACAAUUAACUCGACCGGUUUUGAACUUCGGAGAAAAGACGAACAGGCAAAUCAAAGGGAGAAUAAUAACUACAUGAAAAGGAUUGAAGAAGACAGUAAUGCAACAACUGGAACUAUCGUUUAUUUUUUCCCACUGCAAAAUAGGAAGUGAUAAUGAUCUUUCUCCACUCAUCCUUUUUUUAUUUCAACAAAGCUUUAUUGUGAAAUACUAGCAGGGCGAGGGGAGUAUCUAGCAUUAUAAAUUGGAAUAUUGAGCAAUAAGUGAAUUUUUUUUUUAGGGAAAAAUGCGACUCCGGUGGGACUCGAACCCACAACCUUUGAAUCACUUGCUUUAGUGCCUAGAAGUCCAAUGCGCUAUCCAUUGCGCCACGGAGCCACUUGUUGCCUCUUAUAUGAAGUGUAAACCAUAUAAUAAUAUGAUGAUAUGGUAUUAUACUAUAAUCUAUUUAGGAAUACAAAACUAGAUUGAAUAGAUUUCUCAUCUAUGAGACGAUAACCUCACGGAGAGUAAAUAAUGCAAGCAUGUUAUGCCCUAUAUUGAACACUGGAUGGCGCUGAAGACAGUCACCUGCUCACCCACAAGUGAGAAUUCUGAGAAAAAAAGUCAGGAUUCAGAGAAAAAAGGCAGGAUUCUGAGGAAAAACGUUAGAAUUCUAAGAUUAAAGUCACAAUUCUGAGGGGAAAAAAGUCACAAAUCUGAGAUUAAAGAAAAAUAAUUCCGAUCGUCGCGCUGUACCUCACGUGGAGCAAAUAAUGCAUGUUAUGUGCUAUAUUGAACACUGGAUGGUGCUGAAGAUUAACGAGAAGACAGUCACCUGCUCACACAACGUCUCAGAAUUCUGAGGAAAAAAAAGUCAGAAUUCUGAGAUUAAAGUCAAAUCUGAGACUUUUUUGUAAGAAGUCAUGUUGUUUUAUUUAUUUUUUCUUUCCUUAAUUUUUUUUUUUUUUUUAAUGUGGCCCUUAUACUCUUCCGUUAUUUCACACAUGAAGCAACACAACAAUAUACCUUUCUUGUAUUACUUAUUAUAAAUAUAAUAUAAUAAUAAAUCUGCAGGAUAAAUCUGCAAAAUAUUUCACUCCGGACAGUUUUUACAAGCACGCUGUUUCCACAUCCUGUCCAGCGGACAGAGAUGUACACGGCUAGUGACUCUUUUUUUCAGCCGUAGCUUUUCUUUUCGUCUUCAUCAACAAAUUCAAUGUACAAUCAAAGUAAUUCAUACAAAUACAGACAGGUCGUGGACAAGGCCAGUGGGAGGCCUCACACAAAAACAUGAAACAAAGGACACAAAUGAAAAGUGCUAGAAACCCUCUGGACUCCUGCGUGUCUCUGACAUUUCCUGUCAGGAGCGGAAGUGUCUGGAAUUCUGCUCAGUCUCCGAAACAGACGUUUGCCUAAGGAGGACGUAGCGAACGGCGUCUGCAUCUCUUCACACUCACUCCAUCAUCAUCGUCCUGAGCCAGUGUCCCCACUUAACGUAAAUAAAAAUCGCUAUAGGACAUGCGCUACCAGGUCUGCGCAGUCGACGUGAACGCCUGCUUGGACACAGGAGAGGAUUAAGUUACCGCUGCUGGCGGUGGAUUAUUUUAUUGGCCUCUUCCUGUCACGAGUCUUUGCUGGUCUUUUUUUUUUCAACCAAGAUAAAUCGUUAUUUGAAAAACAACAACAAAACAGAUAUGUCUUUCCGGCGAGGUGUCGUCAGACAGAGCAAGUUCCGCCAUGUUUUUGCUCAGGCAUGGAAAACUGAGCACUGCAUCGAUGACGUCAGAGUGUCCCGUGUGACGUGGGACAGCCCCCUCUGUGCAGUCAACCCCAAAUUCAUCGCUGUUAUUAUCGAAGCGGGUGGAGGAGGAGCCUUCCUUGUUGUUCCCCUCAGCAAGAGUGGCAGAAUCGACCAGUCCAGCCCGACAGUCUGUGGCCAUGCAGCACCGGUGCUGGACAUCCAGUGGUCGCCUCAUGACGACAACAUCAUUGCAAGUGCCUCAGAGGAUUGCACCGUAAAGUUGUGGCAGAUCCCAGAUGGGGGUUUGACAAGUCCAUUGACCGAGCCCAUUGUGACCCUUGAGGGCCACAGUAAAAGAGUGGGCAUCCUGGCUUGGCAUCCAACUGCUUUCAACAUCCUUCUCACUGCAGGCUGUGAUAACAUCAUUUGUGUGUGGAACGUGGGGACAGGGGAGCUUGUGUACCAGCUGACCGAUGCCCAUCCAGACCUGAUCUACCAUGUCAGCUGGAAUAGGGAUGGCAGCGCUGUCUGUACUGUCUGCAAAGACAAGGCACUGCGCGUCAUUGACCCUCGAAGAGGCACCGUUCUCAAGGUGAGAGAGAAGGUCCAUGAUGGUACCAGGCCUAUGAGAGCUGUGUUCCUCUCAGAUGGGAAGAUCCUGACCACAGGCUUCAGUCGUAUGAGUGAGAGACAGAUGGCAUUGUGGGAUACUAAAGAUCUCUCAGAGCCAAUGGCUGUACAAGAAAUGGAUACAAGUAAUGGAGUUCUUCUUCCCUUUUAUGACCCUGACACAAACAUGGUCUAUCUGUGUGGAAAAGGGGAUUGCACCAUCCGCUACUUUGAGGUGACGGAUGAAUCUCCGUAUGUUCACUUUCUCAGCUUAUACAGCAGCAAGGAGCCGCAGAGAGGGGCCGGCUUUCUGAGUAAAAGAGGUGUGGAUGUCAACAAGUGUGAAAUUGCCAGGUUCUACAAACUGCAUGAAAGGAAAGUGGAACCCAUCUCAAUGACUGUACCAAGAAAGUCAGAUCUGUUUCAGGGAGACCUUUACCCGGACACAGCAAGUCUGGAGCCGGCUCUCCUGGCUGACGAAUGGAUUGCCGGGCAAGACGCGUCACCGCUGUUGGCCUCCCUGAGUGGUGGCUACUCGGCACCUCCAUCCAAGCACAGAGACACCCUCAGGAGCAAGCCCAAGCUGGUCUCACAGGACUCUGGUUCUGGGGCUGCCUCACCUGCAACUGGCCAAGUAGCAGCUCCCUGUGCCGACAAGGACACGGAAGAAGAGGUGACACAGCUUCGAGUAGCCACGAGAGAGACGGAUGGAAGUAUUGAGAGGCCGAAGAAAGAGGAUGACGUGUUGAAUGAGUUGUUGGCAGAAAUGAAGGCUCUGCGCGCCGUCGUACUCGCUCAGAGCCAGAGAAUCGAGUUGCUGGAGAGGCAGCUGGCUCGGAUUGCAGAUGGGGAUGUAUGAGGAGGCAGGAAGUUCACUACGUUCAGAGGGCAUUCCGUACUAAAUCCAUAGAGCAUAGCCUUAUUAGAAUCAACACCUUGAGCUGUGUAAGUGGAAGAAUGCGGUGUACAGUAGCAACUGACCGUGAAUCAGAGUGGAUUACAACAUCAACUAUUGCAGUGAAAACAUAAUUAGCUUCUGUGAUCGUUUUCAAGAUUGUGGUCAAGAUCAACUGUGUCAUCUACAGUUAGAAAGAGUGACACUUAAAGUGUCAUCAUUUUUUUUUUAUGUUUCUGAGGAAGUUGUAGUAGCAGCAGCUGUUUGGUGUUGCAUUUAGGAGCUUUGCAAGAUUAACUUUUGAGGACUUUAAAGGAGAUUCAGUGGCACCAUUGCCCCAAUAUGAUGUGUGAUUUAGGAGCAAACCACAUUUAUUUUAAAGCCUCGCAUUCUAUAGCUAAGCAAUCAAGCAAUUUUUUUUUUCACUCACAAACGUUAGCAUUAGGGCUCUUUAAUCAGGUAGUUAAACUUUGAUGUCAUAUCAGACCCUCAAUUGUUAACACAUCCAGUCACUUGUGUUUGGUUUUUCUCCACUGUAGGAGGCUGUGUGUGACAUUAACAAAUGAUGAUGUUCACAGAGAGAAGUACUUGAGUGAUAGGUGACGAGAGCUUAAUAUGUAUGUGUACUGUAAUUCUGUGUAGUCUUCGCAGUCAAUGAAAAGGUAACACUUGUGAUUUCUGUACCUCUUGCUGUCAGGCGGUCUGUGACAUCACGAGGAGAGAUAUUUGUCCGGAUGAUGCAACUUGAGUUACGGUCAAGGUCUCCUCACUUUUGACGUCAGGCUUUCACUUGUCAUCGUUUUUUUCAGAGCUACUAGCUAAACUGAAAGAUGCCCCGAGUAGCAUACAUGUAUACAGACCAUAAAUACGGUAUAAUCCUAAUACGUGUUACAAUGCAUACAUUAAACAUAGUCAAACCAGUUUAACAAAGGCUUUGCAGCUACAAGAAAGAGGAAGUUUCACUCAAAUGUGGAGCAUUUUAUACAGAUUGCGAUUGCAUUUGUGAUGGUGUUGUUUUCCUUUAUAUAUACACUUCAUGUACACUUCUGUUUUGCAUAUCCAUCUGUCACUUACCAUGUAACAAAGAUACAUUCCAGGUCAAGUUUCUCCAUCUCUUACUUACAUUGUAAAAUGCACAUUAUUUCUUUCUGCACCAACCUCUUAACACUAAUUGUAAAACUAGUAGCAUUUUAAAGGGGACCCCCUUUUGCGAAAGCUCAAUAAAUAUUCAUUCCUC